AUGAGUCAAUCGGGUAGCAUGGGUGUGAAAUCUGACUCCAGCCACAAGGACGCACCACAAGGUGGAGUGGGCGUUAGCAGUAGCUCCGAUAACAAUGCGCAAGCUGGCAAUGGUAAUGACGGGGUCAACAAUGGUUCACCGGGACUGAACGGUGUCUCGGGUCCAGCCAGUGUUGGUCCUCCGGGGGGCAACACGGGCAACAGUAACAACUUGCCACCACAUCCACAUCACCAUAGUCAACAUCUUCAUCAGCAGCAGCAGCAUAACCAUCAUCACCACCAUCAUCUUCAGAUGCAGCAACAGCAGCAAAGUAACGAUGGUAGCGUUUCGAUAGCGACGGGUGACAGUGAGACGGGUAGCUACUAUGACCAAAAAACGGACCUUUCCUCGCAUCACCUGGACGAUGAGGAUGGGUUAGGUCCGUUGCCACCAAAAUGGGAGAAAGCCUACACGGACAGUGGCGAGGUGUAUUUUAUCGACCACAACACAGGAACGUCCCACUGGCUCGAUCCACGGUUGUCAAAGUUUCAGAAAAAAUCUCUCGAAGACUGCCAGGACGAUGAGCUACCGUACGGAUGGGAAAAGAUCUGCGAUCCACACUACGGCACGUACUACAUCGAUCACGUCAACCGUAAGACACAGUACGAGAACCCGGUACUGCAGGCCAAACGGAUGCAGGAACGUGGUGGCUCAUCGCUCACGGUCGACGGCAAUAAUGGUCCGGGCGGCGGUCUUGGUGGUCCCCUGCUCGACGCCAACGGGCAACCGAUGGGACCGAACGGUAAUGGUGGCCCGGGCAGUGGUGGUGGACGUGUGAAUCAUUUCACCAAGAACCCGAGUAAUUUGCGUGGGGAGCGAUUAAUGACGACGCUGGUGAAAUCAAUCCGCGGACUCGGAUUUACGAUCGUCGGUGGAGAUGACAAUGUGGAGGAGUUUCUGCAGAUCAAAUCGAUCGUACCGAACGGGCCAGCGUGGAUGGAUGGACAGCUGAAGAUGGGCGAUGUGCUGGUGUACGUGAAUGAUAUCUGCGUGUUGGGCUUUACGCACCACGAGAUGGUAAACAUUUUCCAGUCAAUACUACCGGGCGAGGAGGUACAUCUGGAUGUGUGCCGCGGAUAUCCGUUGCCGUUUGAUCCGAACGACCCCAACACGGAGGUGGUGACAACGAUCGCGGUCGAUGGGCUAGUACAAAAUGGCGGCGCAGUGAUAGCGGACGGAGAGUUGAAGUUUUUGGAAAAUGGAGGCUUUAUGGUGGAUCAUUCGGCGGGAUCCUCCGAUGGGGUGCAGCAUAAGAAUCCGCUGGCAAAAAUUCAAUCUUCCACGGUGCAUGGUAACGGACCGACCAUCACAUCCAAUGGUGGUGACGUUUACUUCAACGAUACACUGUCCUACCAGCAGCAUUACAACAAGGGCAAACCGUACGAUCUGGUACCACCAGAGGUACUGCACAUAAACAUUGUAAAGAGUGACAACGGGUUUGGGUUCACGAUUACCGACAGUUCGUAUGGGCAGCGUGUGAAAAAAAUUCUCGAUCGACAGUGCUGCAAAAAUCUGCAGGAAGGUGACGUGCUGCUGAGCAUCAACUCCAUCCCGGUGAAAGACAUGAGCCACAAUGAGGUCGUGCAGGUAUUGAAGGAUUGUCCGAAAAACAUCGAAACCACGCUUAAAGUUCAGCGAGGUCCUGGUGCGGGUGCUGGCGGUAUGCUAGUUGGUCCGGGCGUUGGCCCUGUUUCUUCCUCCUCCCUUCCCGCCAGCAGUAAGCUUACGAACAAGCUACGAAAAAGCAUCGAGAUGGCAAAGUUUGGUGGCAACGGCGGCGGUGGUGGGAUGUUGAAAAAGGAUGUGCCGGGAAAUUUGUUCCGAAGCAAAACACCGACCGCCGAUCUGUACAGUACGCAGACGAAGGAAGUGUUGCCGACGCGUCCAAAAACACCGCUAGUUGAUACGCGUGCCCGCGCGAAAACGCCCUCCUUGCCGUUGGCUGAGCUGAACGCGGAAGAGAUCGAGCUGGACGGUGCGGGCGGUAAGAGUGUGACCGAUUCCAAGCUGGAGCUUAAUAUGAAAUCCAACAGUAGCUCGCAUGAUAACGAUUCGAUAGCGAACGAUAUAGCGCUUUAUCAUCAUCACCAUCAUCACCACCAUCAUCACCAUGGUGGAGAGGAUCAGUUCCAGCAUCACAUGAAGCAUUCGAAUUUGGCCGAUCGAUUAGGUGAGCUGACGAUCGGUAGCGGUGGUAGUGAUACGGCGAUCUACAAUAAUCAUGGACAGUCGGGAGGAAACCAUCAUCCGUAUCAGACUGGAAGUGGUGGUGUUGGUGGUCCACCGGGCGGUGGUUAUAAUCAGCUCUAUUCUCCGCCACUUGUUCCUCCUCCACCGGUGCCACCGCUUGGACAAGGAUCAAUGUAUCAUCAUGAUAAUUGUUUCUGUUACGAUUGUCAAGAUUUUCGCCAGCAGCAACAGCAGCAGCAACAACAACAGCAUCACAUGCAGCAACAACAUCUAAUGAAUCGUCAAUUUUCCUCUCAUCCGAUGAACCCUUCCCCGCACGGUACCUACAGUCUACCACCGCAGAUGAGUGACAACAUCGGUAAGCGGCUAAACGACUAUCUGAUGGACCGGAAGCGUUCCACGAUGCAGCAAACGGGCAAUCCUGGUCCACCGAUCGGUGGUGUUGUGCCACAGUACGACAACCUUUACCUUCCCCAUCACCAUCACCUCCAGCAAGGUGGUGGUGGUGGUCCAUCACCCAUGCACCCGUCCAUGCACCAUCAUCUACAGCAAUCACCAGGCAGUGGCAAUGGGAUGUCACUGUACGACACACAACAGCAGCAACAUCCCAUGUCGCAUUUCUACGGCAACCCUGGACCGGGAAUGCAUCCCGCCGGUCCUCCCGGAAAUGGUUGGAAGAUGAGCCCCGGUCAGCAGCAGCAACAACAGCACUCACCAUCACAACAUCCACAUCACAUGCUCUAUCACAGUGGUGGUCCUGCAAUGGGCGGACAGUACCACGGGCUCGACGAAUACAGCCUAACGGAGGUAACGCUCGAAAGACAGGCGCUUGGUUUUGGUUUCCGGAUCGUAGGGGGUACGGAGGAAGGCUCGCAGGUGACGGUGGGACACAUUGUGCCGGGUGGUGCGGCCGAUAAGGACACACGGAUCGCUACCGGUGACGAGAUUCUAAACAUUAAUGGAGUGAAUGUGGAAAAUGCCUCUCAUCAUCGCGUAGUACAGCUGAUGGGUGAGGCCGGUCUUCGGGGCCAGGUGACCAUGAUUCUACGAAGGCGACAGCUCUCCAAACCCAUGGUCCCGCCUCCACCACCCUUGCCACCGAAUCCCCGCUACCCGUACAAUGUGCUAGUGACGCGGAAAGAGAACGAAGGGUUUGGGUUUGUCAUCAUUUCGUCUUCCGGGCAGUUCCUGGGCUCGUCCAUCGGUGAUCUCAUUCCGGGCAGUCCGGCGGAACGGUGCGGUGAGCUGAAGAUCGGUGACCGUAUCAUCGCCGUCAACUCGAUCGACAUUACCGGCAUGAGCCACAGUGAUGUGGUGAAUUUGAUCAAGGAGUCUGGACUGCAGGUGAAGCUAACGAUCGACAGUCCGCGGGACGGUAUUAUGCAUCCUGCGAUCGGAUCGCUCAUACAACCGAGCGUUCCCACGUCCGUGCCGAAUGGUAUCGGAGCGAAUGGAAAUGGUGGUGGCGGAGGUGGUGGUCCCAUGCUUAGCUCCAAUACGGAUCUGUACGUGAGUAGCAACAGCACGGUUAGUGGUAGCAAUGGACCAACCAUCAACCGGUAUCCGGCAAUCAUUUCCUGAUUGCGGGUACGGCUGCAACAGCAGCUGGCCGAGCGGCAUCGUACGCUGGCCCAGCCGGACGCCGUGCCCUCGGAGGAGAAG